AUGGCGGCGCCGGGGCAGGCCCCCGCCGCGGCCCUGCGGGCCGUGCUGAAGCCGAGCGGGCCCCUCCCGGCCGAGAGCCUCCCGGUGCGCGGGUACGACUUCGCCGGCGGCCUGGACCACGCCGCGCUGCUCCGCUCCUUCCGCACCACCGGCUUCCAGGCCACCAGCUUCGCCCAGGCCGUCGCCGAGAUCCAGCGCAUGAUCGCGGCGAAGCUGGAGCCGCUGAGCGAGGAGGAGCUGUCGCGGGCCGGGCUGGGGGGGCCCCGGCCGCCCUCGGGCUGCACCAUCUUCCUGGGCUUCACCUCCAACCUCAUCAGCUCCGGCGUCCGCGAGACCAUCCGCUACCUGGUGCAGCACAACAUGGUGGACGUGCUGGUGACCACGGCGGGGGGCGUGGAGGAGGAUCUCAUCAAGUGUCUGGCGCCCACCUACAUCGGGGACUUCAGCCUGCGGGGCCGGGACCUGCGCCAGAGCGGCAUCAACAGGAUCGGGAACCUGCUGGUGCCCAACGACAACUACUGCAAGUUCGAGGACUGGCUGAUGCCUAUCCUGGAGCAGAUGGUGGACGAGCAGGAAACGCAGGGCGCGAGGUGGACCCCCUCCAGGAUGAUCGCGCGGCUGGGCAAGGAGAUCGACAACCCCGAGUCGGUCUGCUACUGGGCGCAGAAGAACAACAUCCCGGUGCUGAGCCCGGCGCUCACCGACGGCUCCUUGGGGGUGAUCUUCUUCCACUCCUACAAGCGCCCGGGGCUGGUGCUGGACAUCGUGGAGGACCUGCGCCUCAUUAACACCCAGGCCAUCUUCGCCAGGAAGACGGGGAUGAUCAUCCUGGGCGGGGGGCUGGUGAAGCACCACAUCGCCAACGCCAACCUCAUGAGGAACGGGGCCGACUUCUCCGUCUACGUCAACACGGCGCAGGAGUUCGACGGCUCCGACUCGGGGCGCGCGUCGGACGAGGCCGUGUCCUGGGGAAAGAUCCGGAUGGACGCCACCCCCGUCAAGGUCUACGCCGAUGCCUCCCUGGUCUUCCCACUGCUGGUGGCGGAGACGUUCGCCCAGAGAGCCGACGCCUUCCCUCGGAGACGCCGGGAGACUGAGCCGGUGGCGGGGUGUCCCCGGGGGUGAGCCCCCCCCACCUGGGGAGGGGUGAGCCCCACCUUGGGGGGCUGAGCCCCCACUUUAGGGGUGCCGAGACCCCGCGGUACCUCUGCAGGGGCUCCCGUCUCGAUGCCCC